AUGCCCACAAUAGACGAUGGCCUGUUCGACGGUCGAGGUCGAAGCACGGCAUCCGGGAAGAUAGUGGAGAUUUGGCUCGAGAGGCGGCCCAUGGCACGGCGUGGCAAGGGAGCUGGCAGAUGGAGUCAAGGAGAUGAUCUGCAGUCCCCUCUCACUAAGAAGAGAAGAGGCAAGGCUGCGGAAGGGGAUGCGAGCCCCGAGAGACAAGGCCACGAGUGCCACGCUUGCCCUGACCAAGGUUCGCCGUGUGGCCGUAAAAGGGGUCUUCCCGGAACAUCCAUGGCCCGCACCGCACCGUCCGCACAUUUUUUGCCUUCCAACUCCAACCCUACCUACUGGCUGUAUCCGGAGUUCCCAGAGGCGAUAGUUGACCUGCCCAUAGGAGGUGAAUGGACUUGUGUUUGGGGACCUGCGUUGGCCUCGUUUCUUUUGGGAACGGUACAGUCCAGUAUCACUAAAGAAUGGAGAAACAAGCUUCCCAUAACGAUACCUUCCUCGGUACCGGGCGCUGUAACUUGCAUAUCCACUAUGAAUAGGGAUACGGAUGGCGAUGUAGGGAUAGGUACACUACGGGAGUACCUUACUCGGACGGGCGUGGUAGGCAUCGAGAAUAUCCGCUUUCCUGCUGAGCAUGAUGAGGUGGACGGGAAUAGCACUGGGUGGAUUGGUAGGAGCUGGGCGGUGUUAAGGUGCCACGGUGCGUGGGCAGGAAAAGAGAGGAAGGCGUUUGACGACAACACCCUCACUUUGCAAGUUGUGCCCACUUUGAUCGGUACGUGCCCACCUGUUGGCCCUACCGGACGUGGGGUGAGGGGCAGCGGUGGGCAAUGGAAGAAGGAAGCGAUCCACCUUGCUUACCUAUCCGAGCUUGGUACGUAUCGGAAUCAGGAACGUAUCUUUCCAAUCGAUGAAGGAAGGAACAUGGAGUGCGGUGGUGGGCGUCGUCCAACUUCCUUGAGAGCCGCAAGCCGCAAGCCGCAAGCCGCAGCCCACCACUUGCCCGCAUCCCGUCCGCCGCCGUUCUCCCCCACCACCGUCAAGUCCGACGACGUCAGCCAGGGCAGGGCAGUUGUGUCUUUUUCUCCGAACUUCACCCAGCAACGUCUCGCAUCCUUCUUCCAGCCCGUCAGCCUCUGCUGUCAUCUCUAA